AUGAGUUUCCCAGACCUCGGCGGGGGAACCUCCGCAGCUGCGUCAUCGGUGGCAGCAGGGAUGGGAAUUGGAGGAGCCAGUACAGCGGGAAUGAGUGAUCAGGAGGCGGCGAUGGUGAAGACUAUCCAAGCAGCAAUGGAAUCGUGUCCCGUCAAAUCCGUCAUGGCGGGCGGAAUGGGCUUCGCGCUCGGAGGUGCUUUUGGUUUAUUCAUGAGCAGUAUGUCCUACGACACCCCCUUGACCCCCCAAGGCCGUGAGCUCUCAUCGCUCCCCGUCCGCGAACAGCUCCGCCGCGGCUUUAAAGACAUGGGCAGCCGCUCGUACAGCUCCGCGAAGAAUUUUGCCCUUGUUGGCGCCAUGUUUAGCGGGACGGAAUGCUGCAUUGAAGGGUUGCGUGCGAAGAAUGACCUGGCGAAUGGCAUCGCGGCCGGGUGUAUUACGGGGGGGGUAUUAGGGGCCAAAGCAGGCCCUCAGGCAGCGAUGUUGGGGUGUGCUGGGUUCGCGGCGUUCAGUGCGGCGAUUGAUGCGUGGAUGAGGCAGCCGUCGGAUUGA